AUGGCCGCUGCUGCCGCCGCAUCACGCCGGAGCAUGGGGGAGAGGUGGGGCCUUGCCGGCACCACGGCCCUCGUCACCGGCGGCAGCAAAGGGAUCGGGCAUGCGAUUGUGGAGGAGCUGGCGGAGCUCGGCGCGAGGGUGCACACGUGCUCCCGGAACGCGGCGGAGCUGGAGGAGUGCCGUCGGCGGUGGGAGGAGAAGAACCUCCGCGUCACCGUCUCCGUCUGCGACGUCUCCGUGCGCGCCGAGAGGGAGAAGCUCAUGGACACGGUGAAGCGAGCCUUCGGCGGCAAGCUGGACGUCCUGGUGAACAACGCGGCGCAGUCGAUGGUGAAGCCGGCGACGGAGUGCACCGGCGAGGACUACGCGCGGGUGAUGGCCACCAACCUCGAAUCGUGCUUCCACCUCGCCCAGCUCGCGCAUCCGCUGCUGCUCUCUGGCCGCGGCAGAGGUGGCGGCUGCGGCGGAGGAAGCGUCGUCCACAUCUCCUCCAUCGCCGGGUUCGUCGGCUUCCCGGGCCUCACCGUCUACUCCAUGGCGAAAGGGGCCAUGAACCAGCUCACCCGCAGCCUCGCCGCCGAGUGGGCCGGCGACGGCAUACGGGUCAACUGUGUCGCGCCCGGCGGCAUCAACACCGACAUCGCCAAAAACGUGCAGGAGACGAUGGACCCGGAGAUGGUGAGCAGCCAGGCGGCGAGGGUGCCGAUGGGGCGGCUGGGCGAGACAUCGGAGGUGGCUUCGGUGGUAGCAUUCCUCUGCAUGCCGGGGGCCUCCUAUAUCACCGGCCAAGUCCUCUGCGUCGACGGUGGAUGCACCAUUGCUUGA